GAAUAUGGUUAGAACUUCUCUUUGUAAAGAUUUCGUUGUUACUGAUUAUGGUGCAAAACCUGAUGGCAAGACGGAGAGUAGUAAGGCAUUUUUGAAGGCAUGGAGUGAAUCAUGUGAAUACAAUGGAAGUGCAAGGUUUAUAAUACCAAAAGGGACAUUCUAUUUAUAUCCAGUGACUUUCGCUGGUCCUUGUUACAAUCAUUCAUCACCAAUGGUGGUGAUUCAAGGGACACUCAGUGCUCCAUUAGGCCUUGCUCAAUUCGCUACUACUAGAAUGGCUUGGAUUGAGUUUAGGGUUUUGAGUAAGUUGGUUGUUAAUGGAGGAGGUAUCAUUAAUGGCAAUGGUCAGCAAGUUUGGCCUUGUAUUCCUAGAUGUGGUGCUGGAAGGAAGAGCAAUAAAAUGCCCAUUAAUAUAUUAUUUUCCCAAGUUCAUGACACAACAAUCAGUAAUAUACAUUCGUUGGAUAGCAAAGGAGUUCAUCUAAAGAUACAAAGGAGUUGGAAUGUGACUGUUCAUAACAUUGACAUAACUGCUCCAGGGAACAGUCCAAACACAGAUGGGAUUUAUUCAAGCUUGACCAACCUCCUGACCUUAUCUAACAUCAACAUUAAGACUGGUGAUGAUUGCAUUGCAAUUGGCCAAGGUUGCACCAAUGUUCUUAUUUCAAACAUCCAUUGUGGACCAGGACAUGGAAUCAGUGUGGGGAGCUUGGGUGCCCAUGAGAAUGAGAGAAACGUGGCAGGAUUGGUAGUAAAGAAUUGCACCGUGUCAAACACUACAAAUGGAGUUAGGAUCAAAACAUGGGGAGGAUCAAAACCCGGCAAGGCUUCAAACAUCACAUUUGAAAACAUUGUCAUGAAAAAUGUCUCCAAUCCAAUCAUCAUUGAUCAAGGUUAUUGCCAAAAAUACAAAAGAUGCACCAAUGAGCCAUCAUUAAUUCAACUAGAAAACAUCAAGUACAAGAACAUAUCAGGAACAUCAUUUGAUGAAGUUGGAGUGACCUUUGAAUGUAGCGAAGCAGUGCCAUGCAAAGGUGUGAGCCUUGAAGACAUUAACUUGAAGUAUGUUGGAGAUGAUGAUACCAUUGCUAAUAUCACUUCUUCUUGUACUUUUGCAUUAGGCAAAGCUAUGGGGUUCCAAAACCCUAACCCUUGUCUUUCUUCCUAACUUUAAAAAACAUGUAUUGUUAAUUUAUUC